AUGGCUGCCCCCAUGGACCAGAGAAUACAGGUCCCGAUCGAUGACCCCAACGCAGACACCGAGUGGAACGACAUCCUCCGCAAACAUGGCGUCAUUCCCGAGAAGCCACCCAGCCCAACGCCCAUGAUUGAAGAGGCCAUCGCCGAAGGACGGCGGUUAGCGCACGAGAACAGACUGGAGGGCAAGGACCUUGACGAGCUUGACGAGCUGGAGGAUGACGAGGAUGAGGCGUUCCUGGAGCAAUACCGCCAGCGCAGAAUGCAGGAGCUUAAUGAGCUUACCAAGAAAGCACUCCACGGCACCGUUUACCCGCUCUCGAAACCUGAGUACUCACGGGAGGUCACGGAAGCUUCGAACAACGGCCCCGUGUUCGUGAACCUGACGUCAUCUUUGGGAACCAACGUUGAGUCCCGUGUGCUCACUGAGCUUUGGAGGCAGGCGGCGCGGGAAUAUGGAGAGAUCAAGUUCUGCGAAAUGCGCGCAGACAAGGCUAUCGAGAACUACCCUGAGCGGAACUGUCCCACGAUCUUGGUCUACAAGAAUGGCGACAUUGUGAAGCAGGUCGUUACCCUCAUGCAGAUGGGAGGCGUUAAGAUUAAUAUGCUGCACAUUGACAACCUUUUGGUCGAGGUUGGGGCCGUCCCCGAGUCGGAUAUGCGCGUGGCCAAGCGUCGGAGGCAAGCCGAUGACGAGGAAGAAGAGAGGGCGAUGGGCAAGGGUAUUAGGCAGGGCAACGUGUCCAAGUCUAAGGCGCAUGACAGCGAUGAUGAUGAAUGGGACUGA